CAUAAUGUUCCAUACACUGUAACUGGGAAGGGUGGCGUCUUCCUGUAAUCCAGCUUCUAGGAGGUUACUAAUCGUGGAUAUUUUUUAGGCAUGCACUGUGGAUUAACGUCAGCACGACAUAGUGUUCCAUACACACAAUGUCGCUCCAAACAUUGGGUAUCAAGAAAAAAAGUGUGGCUGAACCCAAUACAACCAGGGAAAAAGAUAGAGUCUGUCGUAAUUGGAAUGGCGGCACGAGGAUUUUUGAGGCCCCUCAAGGAUUACUCGCCUCCAAAAGACGCUGUGGAAAGGUGUGAAUCUAUCUGCAGUGAGUUACUUGGGCCGAAACUGGAUGAUACUACUCCAAUAACAGAACCUAAAACCAGGUUUGCUGUCCUCAACGAGUGCUACAAGCAGUUAAACCACUCUGUACCAAACUCCUUGUUGUACACUAUCACGACUGUAGAUAUUAUAAUAUCAUCCAGAAGAACUCCAACCUGUGGUAUUCCAGCUAAGAGUCUUUCCAUAUAUCUCUGGAAAAUACCUGGGCUGGAUGAUAUCCCAAAAGGUGAUCUGAAAUCAUUCUAUGCAACUCCAGUUUCUACAACAACUCCUCUAGACAAAAUGAAGACUAUGGACCUACCAGAGAAUCUUCAUGUUCAGUAUGAACCCAUCAGAUUUCAUCCAGAAACAGAUAGUCUAUUUGGUGGUCAGACAGCAUAUCCCAAGAGCUCUACGCUAGUCACUGGUCUACGAACAAAGAAGAAAUACCCUAGUUAUAUCAUACCUGACAACUACUUUAAGGAAUAAAAGCUAGUGUUUCAGUAUUUAUGUAUAUUAUUAGUUGUUUGCUGUUUUAAAUAAUAAAAUUUUCUAUCAUUU